UCCUGCCCGGUGGCUAAACUUAUACUAAAACUCUUUCUUCCCCAUUUUGUUAUUUUAUACUGCUCCCUUUUGGGUGGAAGAUCACUUAAGUUUCUUCAAAAAUUUUGCAUUCAAAUUAAUUUUUCAUUGCUUAUUUUUUUAAAAGAUGAUGGACCAAUAUCGAGAACAAAAAUUUCCUCGAGACCAUCCCCAAUGGACUAAAUGUGUAAUUAAUUAUUUAUUGGAUGCUUUUAAACCUGAUACUUUUCAAUUAAUUAUUGUUUUGACUGAAAUGCUUGAAAGAAGUCCAAUAGCUUUACAUUCUAGUCUACUGGAUAUGUUGCUGUUAUUAUUUAAUUAUGGAAGUUUAAAUAAUUGCCCUCCAGCUUAUUUUAAUUCUCAGAUUGUCAAAACAAUUUUUAAACACAUUCAUGGUUCAAGUUCUAGAGAAGCUUCGCGUAUUUUUAAAGUUAUAUUGGAGCAAUGGAAUGCUAUUUCUGUCGAUAAAAUUUCCCAGAAUGAGAAAGAUUUUCUCGCUAAAAGAAAGCCAGAAUUUGAAAUUCGAUUUGAAAAACCAUUUUUACAUGAAAUUAGUGUUGAUAAAUUGUCUUCUUUGGAUUCGUUUGGUAGUGCUAGACAAAAGAUCAGAAAAAAACUUUUAACUUUAUUUUCAACUUUUGGACUCCCUAUUGGUGCGACUAGACAUCUUUCUCUUUUAUCAAAAUCAUUUACUGAUAUUCAACAAGAUCAAUUGAUUAAUAUAAAUAUUGAAGAGAAAGAAGGAGGAAAUAAUCAAAAACAACAACAACAUCAAUCAAAUUUAAAGUUAGAAUCAAAAGAUGAUUACUCAACAAAAACAAAUCAACAACCAAAUAUAGAUAGAAUGUCAAGUCCAAAAAGUUUUGGAGGUGGGCCAUCAUUAGGAGGAGGUGGAGGAGGAGGGAAUUUAUUACAACAAGACCACCAUUCUAGUGCAAAUAGUUGUGAAUUAAUAUCUUUACGAACAACAGACUCUUUCCCUAGAGUUUUUAAAGAAUUUGAUUUUCUUGAAGCUGAACAUGAUUCUGUGUCUGAAUCUGCUGAAAGUUGUUUUAAUUGGUUAUCUACAAUGAGAACUCCUAGGGUAUGUUCUGAAAUUAACGACAUAAACACACAAAAUGAUCAAGACGAACUUGGUGAUGAUGAAGAAGAGUUUUAUGAAGACAAUGAUUUGGAUAGUAAUAAUUCAAAUAAUAAUACUCGUUGUGAUGAUCCUUAUUCUCCAAAAUCGUUUAGAAGUGGAGGGACUAAUAGUAGUUGUUGUAAUAGACAUUCUUCUUUGGAAAGUGUUGGAGGAGGAAGUGGAGGUGGAGGUGGAGGAGGAUUGCACAAAAAUAUAGCUACAAAUAUAAGAAGGAGAAGAAGAAAGGGAGGAGGAGGAAGAGAAGGAGGGGGAGAAAGAGGGGAAUCUUCCUUCAACUUAAUUCGAAGACCUUUAAGCGGUGCUAGUGAUUCUAACGAUGUUUCUUCUGAUCGUACACCAAUACAAUCAACACAUCAUAGUGAUGAAAGUAGUUCUGAAUUUGCUUCGGAAGGAGAACAACAACAACAACAACAACGAGAAAAUAUUGAGGAAGAGGAUGAAGGAGGGGAAGAUGUUGAGGAAGAAGAAGAAAUGGGAGGGGGAAGAAGAGAAAUGGUGGGGGGAAGGAAAGAAGAAAGUGAGAUGAGACGUGAAUCAAAUUUAAUGAGAAUUUGUGGGGGUGAUAAUCAAGAGAAUAAUCAGUUAAUGGAUGAACACAAGAUGGUUGUAAUGCGAAGAAAAGAAAAUAAAAAAUUUUCAAAAAUUUUGUUGUCUUCAAUAUCCCCAAGAAAACAACAACAGCAAAAUCAACAACAAUUCCCUUCUUCUUCUACAACAUCCACUAUAUCACCUUCAAUAAACACAACUACAGCAAAACAACACAAACUUAUUGGAAGAAGAAAUUCUAGUGCAGAAUCUUCUUCCCAACAUUCAAAUUCAUUACAUACAACAACAACACAUUCUAUUAUUCCUUUAUUUUCUGAAAUACAACAACAACAUCAACAAUUUAAACAGCAACAAAAUACAAAAUGUUUUGAUGAAGAACAACAACAACAACAAAAUAAUUAUUUGCGACUAGAAUGUUCACAUCAUAUUUCUGGAAUGUUACAUUCUAGUGUUUUUGUUUUAUCUUUGUUCGUUUUGUGUUCUGGUUUUUGUGUUUCUGGUUUGUUUGUUUUGUAUUCUGGUUUUUUGUGUUUUUGUAUUUCUUUUUUUAAUAGUAUAAUUCUGAUUUGCGUUGAACAUUUAUGGAAUAAUUUAAUUUCUCGCUUAGACAACGAUCAAAAUGGAAUAAUAAUUUCAAAUUCAAUUAUUUUAUUAACACAACUUUUUCGAGAGAAAAGUAUUUUUCUUGUUCGUAUUUUGAGGGAUUCUUUGGAUAUUUUUAAUUCCUCACAACAACAAAAAAUGUCUACAGAUAUUUCCCAAUUAUUUUUACGUUCUUUAAAUUUUCUUUUAAAAUUUGUUGAAUGUCCUUUCCUUUUUGUAUCUUCUCAAUUUAUUAAUUCGUCUAAUUUACUCGAUUCAAUAAAAAUUGCUCUAUUUGAACUACGUGAACAUUUUGAUGCAUUUAAUGAACAUUAUGAACAAUCUUUAAGGGUAAGUUUGUAUUUUGUUUUAAUUAAUUUCUGA